AUGAAUCCAGGGCCUGCUCCACGUCCUCCGGUUGACCGUCCCCGCGUCAAUACUUCCAGUUCUACCGCUUCCAGCAUUGCUACAAGUUUCAGCCAAAUGUCCCUAAACUCGCCCUCUACUCCAACUCUCUCUGUCUUCCCGAAUUCCAGCCAGCUUUCGUUGAGCCAGACGAAAUCAAACCUAAGCGGCAGCAUGGGUGGUGUCAGCGUGAUCAAAGAAGGCUACGUCCGAUGCAAGGAAGAUAAGUUUCUGGCCGGUUGGAACCAACGUUACCUCAUCCUGCGCGAAUUUCGACUGGAUUUCCUGAAAAAUGAAACUGGCAAGGUCGUGCUGUCGAUCCAACUCAGUAAUGUCACUGCCGUAACUCGCUCGGAAGACUGUAAGAUGGCCUUUGAGAUCACCCGUAUCGCAAACCCAAAAGAUGCUAGCCCCCGCAACGUUUUGAUCAAUCGUGACAUCCCGACGAAAACAAUCACCUGCGAGGUCAAGAAUGACGAUGAAAUCUACGAAUGGAUUGACAAGAUCUACGAGCGAUGUCCCGGAAUGGGUGGUGUUUCCAACCCAACCAACUUCAGCCAUCGCGUGCAUGUCGGUUUCGACCCCCGGACUGGUGCCUUUGUGGGCCUUCCGGCUGAGUGGGAGAAGCUGCUAUCUACAUCCGCAAUCACCAAAGAGGACUACAAGAAAAACCCCCAGGCCGUGAUCGAAGCCUUGGAAUUUUACGAUGCCAAAAUGCGCGAGCAGAAUCCACAAUUUUACGAGGGCCAGGCUAGCAAGGGCCAUAAUGUGUCACCCGUGGGUAGUUCUAUUGCCGGCCCAAGGCCAACUCAGCAACCAACUGGGUUGCAGCGUCUUGAUAACCAGAAUCAGCGGAGUCCUGGAGACCGUUCCCAGAGCUCUUCCCCCGCACAUUCGCAGCGCAAUGCGUCGGAUGCAGAUCGCCAACAUGACCAACAGUGUUCAGAUCAGUCCAAGGAAAUGCCAGAUAUUCAGCAGCGACGUCGCAUGGACGAAGAGGCGCGUCGUAUCCGGGAACUUCAACGUCAGCGUGAAGAGGAGCAAGCUCGUCGAGAACAAGAGGCGUAUAAUGCCUCGCUACCCAAGAAUCGCGUCCCAAUGGCUCAGCAGGAACUUGGAGGCUAUGGCAGCUCAGAUAGUGACAGAUAUAACCCCUCUCGACCAGCUCCUCAAGUUCCUGUCUCCGAUCGCAAUCGACAACAAACUCCAGGAUCGUUGAGACAGAUGACCGCUCAGCGUGCUGCACCUUCACCACCCAAUGGUACGCAACCGUCUUCGCAGAGAUCCGGGGAUACCCCUAACCACCAUGGAUCCUUGCGAUCUGUUGCACGCCAAGAUGGAUCUCGACCGCAACCUUCUUCAAACACUGCCCGUUACAACGGCGGUAGCCAGACGCCAGUUAAACGCCCCCAGAACAAUGGCACUGGCGCCCAAGGUCCUGCUCCAAGCCGCCUCCCGGCUCCUGUCCAGACAGUUAAACCACUCAACAUUGCCAACAAAGCAGUUACCAAGGCGAAGAAAACUCCCGACGGGGUCCGCCAAGCUGAAGUCGCCCUGACGAAGAAAGCCCCCGCGGAGGCUCGGCAUAAGGACGUGCGCAUGUCCACCAUGUCCGAAAGCGAAGUCAUGGAACUACUCAAGCAGGUCGUCUCCAAGGAUAACCCGACAGAAUCGUACAGCAAGCAGCGCAAGAUCGGCCAGGGCGCGUCCGGAUCAGUGUACGUUGCUCGCGUCAAGGAAAAUGCACUCUCCCGCGUUGCGCGGGAGAUCUACCGGACCCAGGGCAGCCGGGGACAGGUUGCGAUUAAGCAGAUGGAUCUGCGAAGUCAGCCGCGCAAGGAACUUAUUGUCAAUGAGAUUAUAGUGAUGAAGGAUAGCCAGCAUCCGAAUAUUGUGAAUUUCUUGGAUUCGUUUUUGCAGGAGCAGAAUAAUGAGUUGUGGGUUGUUAUGGAGUUUAUGGAGGGGGGUGCGUUGACGGAUGUCAUUGAUAAUAAUCCCGUUAUUCGGGAGGAUCAGAUUGCGACGAUUUGUUUUGAGACAUGCAAAGGAUUGGCACAUCUACACAGCCAGUCGAUCAUACAUCGUGAUAUCAAGAGCGACAAUGUCCUUCUAGACCGUGUCGGAAACGUCAAAAUCACCGACUUUGGCUUCUGCGCCAAACUAACCGAAUCAAAAUCCAAGCGCGCCACCAUGGUCGGCACCCCAUACUGGAUGGCCCCCGAAGUUGUCAAGCAAAAAGAAUACGGUCCUCGCGUCGACAUCUGGUCCCUAGGCAUCAUGGCCAUCGAAAUGAUCGAAUCCGAACCCCCGUAUCUAAACGAGGAACCGCUCAAAGCCCUAUUCCUUAUUGCCACGAAUGGAACACCGCGUCUCAAAAAGCCUGAGAAACUUAGCAAGGAGCUCAAGUCAUUCUUGAGCGUGUGUUUGUGCGUUGAUGUAAAUAGUCGUGCAGCGUCGGAUGAGCUGCUGUCCCAUGAGUUUUUGAGGUCCGGGUGUAGUUUGGCGAGUUUGGCAGAGUUGUUGAAGUUUAAGAAAAAUCCGGGGCAAUGA